CCGUGUUGUUGUUCCCGGUGACGCGGCGGAGGUGUAGCCUGACGCGGGCUCUUACGUGUCGGCCAGAAUAAAAGUGGAGCUCCGGAGGCCCGGGAGUGACGAGGGGAGUCUGUAUCGCUCAGCCGAUGAAGAUGGAGUCAGCAGAGGCUCAGCAGGAGAUUGCUGUGAUUGAGACUGAAAACCAGCACAUCACCUCGGCACAGAUCGCAACUCUGGCACAGGUUACCAUGGCAUCAGGCCACUCCUCUGUAACAGGUCCAACAGUAACGCUGGUCCAGCUUCCCAACGGACAGACUGUCCAGGUCCACGGUGUCAUCCAGGCUGCACAACCCUCUGUCAUCCAGUCCCCACAGAUCCAAACUGUACAGAUCUCCACUCUAGCAGAAAGUGAGGAUUCACAGGAGUCAGUAGACAGUGUGACCGACUCUCAGAAACGCAGGGAGAUUCUGUCACGACGCCCCUCCUACAGGAAAAUCCUGAAUGACCUUUCAUCCGACGCGCCGGCUGUCCCUCGUAUCGAGGAGGAAAAGGCUGAGGAGGACGCAUCCACUAUGGCUGCCACCCAUGCCAUUACAACUGUUACUGUCCCCACACCCAUCUACCAGACCAGCACCGGCCAAUACAUUGCCAUCACACAGGGUGGGGCCAUCCAGCUGGCUAAUAACGGUACAGAUGGAGUCCAGGGCAUCCAAACUCUGACCAUGACCAACGCAGCAGGGGGUGCCCAAGGCGGGGCCACCAUCCUCCAGUAUGCACAGACCAGUGACGGCCAGCAGAUACUGGUUCCCAGUAACCAGGUGAUGGUCCAAGCUGCGUCUGGUGACGUCCAGGCAUAUCAGAUCCGGGCUGCCCCCACCAGCACCAUCGCCCCUGGGGUGGUCAUGGCCUCUUCCCCCGCCCUGCCCACCGGCCCUGUGGAGGUCACUCGCAAACGAGAGGUCCGCCUCAUGAAAAACAGAGAAGCAGCCCGUGAAUGUCGCAGGAAGAAGAAGGAGUAUGUAAAAUGUCUGGAGAACCGAGUGGCCGUUCUGGAGAACCAAAACAAGACGCUUAUUGAAGAACUCAAAGCCCUUAAAGACCUUUACUGCCAUAAAUCUGAGUAGGUCGUCAUCCUGAAAACACCAAACUGGGCCAAGUAGCAUUUCAGUUCCUUUCAAAUACUUUGACUGUUGGAUUCUGCCUGUCUGGCCUUCCAGUUUACACAUGGCUGGCUCAUACUGACCAAGUUGCCCUAAUUUAGUUCUGCUUGUAUUAUUAUUUCUUCAGUAGUUUGUCGGCAUAAUACAAUUAAUAUAGACAACAUUUUGCAGCAAAAACAAACUGAGAAUGAACUGUCAUCCAGGUUGAACAAUGGAAUAGUCCAAAGUGCUAAAUCAAACUUAGUAACAUAAUUUACUAGGUAUAAUCAGCUGCUGACAACAGUUAAGAUGCUGCUUCACACAGAUUUAUCAGUGAGGCUGCAUCUCAUUGUCGUAGUUUGGCUAAUACCCACAUAGCUUAUCUUAAGAUUGAACCUGACCGAUGCAGUUUUUUGGGGCUGAUGCCGAUACCGACAUUUUUACCACAUUUGAAGACAUUCCCUCAGGCUGAUCUUAGGAUAUCAUUUCGAAGAAAAACAUACUAUGUGAGGCCACUGUGACCUUGACCUUUGGAUACCAAAAUCAAGUGAACUAGUCCUUGAGUCAAAGUGAAUGUUUUUGCCUAAUGUCAGAGGAUUCCUUGAUGGCAUUCAAGAGAUAUCACCUUCACAAGGCAAAUAAAUGUGCUGUGUGAGGUCACUGUGACCUUGGCCUGUGACCUUUGACCACCAAAAUCAAAUUAGCUCAUCCCGGAGUAUAAGUAAAUAUUUGUAGAAAAGUAAAUUCGGCCAAUUUUUAUCAGCCAACCAAUGAAUCAGUCCUCUAAUCCUUGAGCAAUAAACCUGCCUCUUCACCAAUACAGUCAAGUUCCACCUUUUGUUAAUCCCUGGCAUCUGUAUUCUGUAAAUUGUGCAGAUGUUGCACUGCAUAGUUCUGCAUUUUUAUUCACAUCAGGUAACCGGUAGUAUAGUGAUGCUUUAGGCUUUCUUAAAAACCAGCAUUUUCUUUGGGUUCUUAGCGAUACCCAAGCCGCGUUUGAAGCCUAUUGGGUGACCAGUUUUCGUAAGACGUUUCUCCAUUAAUAGUUAGAUUAUAGUUUAAUUGUUGAAAGGAUAUUAAAAGCUGAGAUUUCAUUGGCCUAAUGUGACUCCAGUAGAGUAUUUGUGUCUUAUAUUGUAUGUAAGCAAUAAUGGCCAAUACCUGCUUGAAGCAUCACCGCCGCUGCUAUGGUUACCUGCAGUUUGAUUUUACUCACACUAAGCUGUAGACAUGUUUUUUAGAUGUUGUGAUUUAUUAUUUUACAGAAACCUGCCAAAUAUUCAUAAUAUUCAGUGCUGAGUUCAGUUUUAAACAGAAUUCCAGCCACAACUACAAUCACAAGACGCAGCUUAUAAACAAAGUUAUAAAAGAUUAUUUGACUUUGAUAUAAGGACUGUUUGAUACAUUUAAAUUGUGAUUGUUGUGCUUCAUGUUAGUGUGUUUAACAUAUUUAAGUCUCAGUUAGUAUAACAGCUAUAACUUGUAUACCUGACCGCCCAGACAAGCUCAGUCAGUUGCAGUUAAAGGUUUUGAAUUAAUUGUCUCUACUUGAUCCACUUCCUGAUCUGAACCAGCCUCUCAACAAUGUGGCUGCUUGUUACUUGGACUCUACAGCUAAUUUGGCACAAACAAGUAAUUUUUUCAUUAUAACUUUUGAAGAUGCUAACAACUGCCGAUGGUGAGAGAAGGAACUCAAAGCAGGCAGUGGUGUGUGUUAGAAAAAGGGAUGUUUUGAAAUUUGACAUCACAUUUUGGGUUAGGGCUAGGGUGGUCCACAACAGAUGGUUGCUGAUAUUAAAAUUAGAUUAUUAGCAGGCUGAAGCACAGUUUUAAAAGAAAAAACAUUAUUGUUUUUACAACCCGGGAUCUUUUUUCGAUUGCUCACCAACUUUCCUGUCAGUUAUGGCAGUUUAAUCAUCCAGAAGGCCGGCAGCACACGCAGCCAUUUUAUCCAAACAAAAUUAUUUAGGAGUGAAAGUGAAUUUGAAUGCUUGUUAUUUCAAACAUUUGUUGUUUCAGAAAAGCUUUGCAGAACUACUUCCGGGUUUACAUUGAUUGGCUGUACUAACUGCGUUUCUGCGCACAAGAAUUUUCAUAUAACAUGUAUUUUUAUUUAAUUUUAGUAAAAGUAACUGGGGGUUUGUGCAUUACUCGCCCUCUGUGUCCCUACACAUCAGCAGUUAACUUUUGAGUAAAGUUCUUUCUCUUUACAAAUGAGCCUGAUGUCUGUAAAAUUUGUUUGUCAAAGAUCCAGGUUGUACAAAAACGCACAAAUCUUAGUAGUAAUGUAAUUCCAACACCAGGGAAGUAGUUCUAAGAAAAUGUCCAGUCAAACAUCAUGUUGUUGUGUUGCAGUAAAUUGUCGGCGUGUUGUCGAAAAAGGAUCACCCCCAUCAAAGUUAUAAUUUGUUUGUGUCGUGUGUUAAACGGUGGUAAAAUAUGGAUUGCAACAAGGCGCCAUAUUUUGAAUGUGGUGGACUUCCUCAUGAAAAAUAGGCUACAGGAGUUUCACACUUAUAAUCAAUCCAUUGAAAGGAGAUGCUUUAGUGGGACUGUGUGUGUUUUUUGAGGAGAUGUAUGUACGUAUUUGUUUGUUUAUUUUUAUAUUAAUGUAUAUAGUCUCUACAGCAUGUGUAGACCUCAUGUAUUUCUGUUUAUUUGAUAUGAAAAAAAAUGUUCUUAUGACUUGUAUGAAACAACUUUGAAUAUUUGUAACAUAUGUCACUGUAUAAUAGAGGACAAUGUAUGUGUAUGUAUAUCCACCAGGCCUACCACCAUCAUGGCAGCUACGUGUAUGAAAAAAAGGCCUUUGUUGGACUUGUUGAAUAUUUUGGAGUGUUGUACUGUUUCUGAUCAACAGUGUUUUGUUUGUAGAGUUUGUUGAGAGCACUUGGGGUCCACAACUUUUAUCAGCUAAAAUAUGGACAAUUUUCUUUGUUUGAAACCUGCACAGAGGAGCCCCAGUGGCUUCAAACUCAGCCACGCAUUUGUUUUUAACUGAAAAUGUAUUUCUAUGUCCUGAGCAGAAACAGCUCCACAAGUUUCCUUUUUUUUAUAUCUGCUCAUUCAUCAUAUGAAAGCACAUGUUUUCUUUCCACUGGAUCCAUUCAUAUGUUUAUUUUUACUGUGCAUUAAUUUUACUACUUACAUGAGAUUCUGAAAGUGGUUCCAGUGGUAAGAUGGAUGUCAUUUAACCACUUCUCCACUCCGAUAGUUUUUGAAUUGAAACUAACCUGAAUCAAAGACAAACAAAGAUGUCUGAUGUUUUGAGGUGACAGAUGCCAUUUUGUUACGGAAAAUCUUAAAGUUUUCCUUUUUCCUCAUACGCUCAUAGAGUCUUGGUUAUGCUUUUAACUUCUAUUCCUGGGCGACAUUAAAGUUGAUUCUUGACAUCGAAAACAAGUGGUUUGACCAAGUAAAUGUAACUCAAGGUUUUUUUUAUAGCUUUUUCUAGAGCUUUCAAUUGCAUCUUAGCAAUUUCAGUUCACUCACUUGUCAAUUCAUGAUAAUGAACGGGUGUGGCUUCAUAUGGAUGUGAGUAAUAAGUCCUGCCUCUAUUCAAAGAUGGUCAUCUGAAAGCUCCAGACAUUAUUAAAUGGACCUUGAGAUAAUAUUAUUAUAUUUGUUUCAAAACCUGAAUUGUCAGCUAAAGGAAAUUUAAGGGCACUUUAAUUUUCUUUUUUUGUUAUGUUUUUUUAAUUUCUUUUGUCCUUUUUGUUAUUCAGAAAUCAUCAGUUCAUGGUAGCUCUUUUGGUUUUAUUUAUCAAUCAUUUGAAUCAUUUUGAUAUUGUACAGUAGGUACUUUAUGUAGGAUUAUGAGGAUUAAAGGGUUGGCUAAAGAAAUCACACAGCACUUAAUACUAGCUGUUAUUGAUGAUCUAUUGACCCACAACACAUUAGCAUGUACUGUGGCUGUACGUGUCAUCCUUCGUCUAUGUAGACUCAACAAUAUGCAGAGGUAAUCUUUUUUAAUGCAUUUCACUGCAUGAAAUUAAGUCUGACAAACAACACCCUGGGCCUCACCGAUUCUAAAACUUAUUUCAGUCGAGAGGAAGCAGCUAAUUUGAAACGUGUGCCAUUCCAAUACCACAGUUACUGAGGUGGUACUCUGAGAAAAAACACCUAAUUUUCCACCUGUAAUUCACACAUCAAGUGCUGGUGCUGAAACAAAAUCUACUAGUAAUUUUUUCUGUUGAUUUGAUAUAGUUAGCUCAACUUUGUGAUGUGAUGACACAAUAUCUUCAAUCAAAAACGAUCAAUGUAUUCAUUUCUGUGCCAGAAUAGUUUAUACCCACGGGUCUAAGGUCUAUUUGCAUGAAAAAAGAUUGAAAUCAUUGUGUGUAAAGUAUAUAUAUAUUAUAUAUAUAGAGAGAGAAUUUCUAGAACGCUGAUAACAUUUUUCUAACUUUUAAUGUGACCUGUUUAUAUAUUGCCCCUUUUACAAGUUUAAAUUUAAAUUCCAUGUAUUGUAUAUUAUCUUGUAGAGACAAGACAACUCGAUGAUGCAUUACAUCCUGUUUGUUUCAACAAUGUUACACGAUCAACUGAACCAGACCAUUAAUUGAAAUUGCGGUUACUCUGACAUUACAUCACUCUUUUGUAAACACUUACUAUGUCGCAAUAAACUGCUCUUGAAGAUA